AUGGAUUUGCCUCACGUUCUAGUAACAGGUGGAAGCGGUUUCAUCGCAUCCCAUAUCCUGGAUUCGCUUCUCGCGCGCCAAUACUAUGUGACCGCGACUGUCCGAUCUGAGGAAAAAGGACUUCAAAUCCGCUCCGCGUACCCAGAAGAUGCCCGGGGGAGAUUGUCGUUUGUGAUAGUGGAGGAUAUAAUGAAAGACAGGGCCUUUGACGAUGCUGUUCGAGCCCAACCCUUCAAAUAUGUGAUUCAUACGGCCUCCCCCUACCACUUCAAUAUCACCGAUCCGGUCAAUGACUUCAUUAACCCGGCCGUGAGAGGGACGACGGGUAUUCUCACGUCCGUGAGAGAGUUUGCCCCGCUGGUGGAGCGCGUGGUGUUGCUAUCCUCGUCUGCGACCAUAUUCAACCCGUUUAAUCACGCAAAAGUCUACGACGAGACUGUUUACGGAGUGACGACAUGGGAAGAGGCCAUGAACCCUCGGCUAGCUUACCGAGCCAGCAAGAUCUACGCCGAGAAAGCCGCCUUCGAGUUCAUGUCCGCCUCGCCUCCCCCAAACUUCGACCUCGUCGCCAUCAACCCUCCCCUCGUCUUCGGGCCCGCCUCGCGCCACCUAACCACCCUCGACUCCCUCAACACCUCGAACCAGCGCAUCCGCGACAUGGCGCUAGGCAAGUACCGCGACGAGCUGCCGCCCACCGGGCCCGUCUACCUCUUCUGCGACGUGCGCGACGUGGCGGAGGUGCACGCGCGCGUGCUCGAGGUUCCCGAGGCCGCUGGACAGCGCUUUUUUGCGGUGGGGGGCUAUUUUUCGAACAAGCGCAUGGCGGAUAAGAUUCGUGAGUCUCACCCGGAGUUGGCUGACAAGCUGCCGAAGGAGAGCGCGCUGGAUGACUUUCCGGAUGAGAUAUAUGGAUGGGAUAACUCUAAGACUAGAGAGAUGCUGGGCUUGGAGUUCAGGGACUUGAAGACGUGUGUGGAUGGUGCGGUGGAUUCGGUGCUAGCGAUUAGCAAGAUGGGCUCGUAG